GGAAAGGAAGGAGAGAUUGGAGCGGAAUUGCGUGUGUUCCUUAGCUUUCCAUUCUUUGCGGAAUGUUUAUUUGGUGGAAUGAGUGCCAGUGAAAUGAAUGGUGAUGGUGAUGGCGGUGGCGUUUUCUCAAAAUAGAAUUGAGAUCCAUUGCACUGUGAUCGAGAUAAAUACACAGGACGGAAUUGGUCAGGAAAACUGGCUGGAAUUGAGAGGAGAUCAAAACAAGGAAUUAAAAUGGUCAAUAGGAGUUUUUUUUUUUAUUUUUUAUUUCUUUAAUUUUUUUUUACUAUUUUUUUCCCUUCUCUUUUUUAUUUUUAUUUCUGUUCUUUCUUUUUUUACUUAUUUACUUACUUAUUUAUUUAUAUAUUAUCUACCUUUAAGCAAAAAAAGAAAAGAACCCCCCUGCAGAGCUAUCAUGUACUGUACCUGUAACCUAGUCCUUUAGUGUGAACUCGGGCUGGUGACUGAUUUCUGGGGUAAUAAAUGGAAGGGGAAA